AUGAGCGAUCAUGCGAAAGACGAGCUCGAAGCGCAAGCUCCACCGCAGGCUCACAGUCUUGAGAAUCUGCCACCGUCCAAUGCCCCAAAAGAGACGACAGCGACCACAGCACCUUCGGCGCUGGACUGGGAUAGCCCUGAAGACCCGGACAACCCCCAGAAUUGGCGACUUGCGUCGAAGGUUUAUCAUGUUACCAUACCAGGUCUCUUUGGCUUUGCAGUAACAUUCGGUACCUCCGUCUACACGCCUGCCCUCCACUCGAUUUCAUCGCAUUUCGACAUCUCUCGGACGGCAGCUAUCCUUGGACUGACCCUCUAUACACUGGGUCUGGCCUUUGGUCCCGUCAUCUCUGCGCCGCUUUCGGAGAGGUUUGGGAGGAAGUUAGUGUAUCUCCUCUCCGCACCGGUUUUUAUGCUUUUUACUUUGGGCGCGGGUUUUUCAAGGAGCUUUGGGAGCUUGCUGGUGUGCAGACUGUUCGCCGGCUUGACAGGAAGCCCGGCUUUAGCGGUCGGCGCAGGCACAACGGCAGAUCUUUUCCCACCAGCGAAACGGGCCAAAGUAACGACUGUCUUUGUCAUGGCGCCGUUCGCCGGACCAUCAUUUGGACCUGUCAUCGGUGGCUUUGCAGCGCAGUACAAAGGCUGGAGGUGGACACAAUGGUGCAUUCUCUUCAUCGCCCUUGCCGUAUUUCUCGGCGCGUUGCCCAUGAAAGAGACCUACAAGAAGGUGAUUCUCGAGCGCCGAGCAAAGAAGCGCUGCAUCAGUCCCCCAGAGCCUGUCGGCGGCGCUGCGGUCAAGAACACUGUUGUUCAAAACUUUCUUCGACCAAUGCAUAUGCUUGUCACGGAGCCAGUAGUUUUCUUUCUCUCCCUUUACACAGCCUUCGCCUUCGCCGUCCUCUUCCUCUUCUUUGCCGCGAUACCUUACGUCUUCCAACGACCUCCUUACUCCUUCACCAUUUCGCAAACCGGCCUUAUUUUUCUAGCCAUCGGUCUGGGCGUCCUGCUAGCUAGCAUCACAGGCAUCCUUAUCGACACCAACUUCUACCAAGUGCAACACCGCAAGGCGAUGGCAACCUGCCAAACACAUGCUCAACCAGAACACCGUUUGUACAAUGCAAUGAUAGGCAGUCUCGGUAUCCCGAUUGGGCUGUUCUGGUUCGCAUGGACUGCCAACACGAGCGUGCAUUGGGCGGUACCUGUGGUAGGCGCGGUUCCAUUCGCAUGGGGGAAUCUAUGUUUGUUUAUCUCAGCGGCCAUGUACAUGGUUGAUUGCUAUGGGCCCCUGAACGGUGCCUCAGCGAUGGCAGCGAAUGGCAUCUUCCGGUACACGCUCGGUGCAGUGUUUCCUCUGUUCACCAUACAAAUGUAUGAGAGCCUAGGCAUCGGCUGGGCGACGAGCCUCCUUGGUUUUCUGUCUAUACUUAUGCUGCCCAUACCCUGGGUGCUGUUCAAAUUCGGACCUGCCAUUCGAAAGCACAGCCGCUAUCCAGUCAUGAUGUGA